UCUUCUCUCCCGGGGGCACGGAGGAAAGAAACAGAGCAUCUCUGUCUUUUUCCUCUGUACUCCGGAAGCUGAUCGAAGCAAAGCACAGACGAAGAACAAUGGUGAACCAAGAGAGGCUGACGCUGAUACUGGUGAAUCUGGCGGCGAUAAUGGAACGAGCAGACGAAUCGCUGCUACCAGGAGUCUACAAAGAAGUCGGCGCCGCUCUCCACACCGACCCAACUGGUUUAGGUUCCUUAACUCUCUUCAGAUCCAUCGUCCAGUCCUCUUGUUACCCACUGGCAGCUUACCUCUCUUCCCGCCAUAAUCGCGCCCACGUCAUUGCUCUCGGCGCUUUCCUCUGGGCUGCCGCCACUUUCCUCGUCGCCAUUUCCUCCAGCUUCUUGCAGGUGGCAAUUUCUAGAGGCCUGAACGGGAUUGGACUCGCCAUAGUAACACCCGCGAUUCUGUCCUUAGUGGCUGAUUCCACCGACGACAGCAACCGUGGCACUGCAUUCGGAUGGUUAGCGCUAACAGCAAACCUCGGUUCAAUCAUUGGAGGCCUGUGUUCAGUGCUGAUUGCUUCAACUACCGUAAUGGGGAUUCCAGGAUGGCGAGUGGCUUUCCAUUUGGUCGCCAUAAUAAGCGUAGUAGUCGGCAUUUUGGUCCGCCUUUUCGCUCAUGAUCCACAAUUCUCCGAGGACAACAACAAGCAGCAGCAGAACUCUCCUCCUCGGACUUUCAUCUCUGAGAUGAAGGAAUUGAUGAGAGAAGCCAGGUCAGUGAUGAAGAUACCAUCUUUCCAGAUAAUUGUGGCUCAAGGUGUAUCUGGUUCGUUUCCUUGGUCUGCUCUAUCUUUUGCUCCAAUGUGGUUGGAACUUGUGGGCUUUUCGCAUGAGAAGACUGCAGUUUUGAUGACAUUCUUUACGGUUGCGAUAUCUAUUGGUGCACUGUUUGGUGGGAUAAUGGGAGAUGCUUUGGCUAAGAGGUUACCGAAUUCCGGGAGGAUCAUUCUGUCGCAAAUUAGUUCUGGCUCGGCCAUACCUCUAGCUGCUGUUCUACUUCUGGUGUUGCCUGAUGAUCCGUCAACAGGAUUCGUUCAUGGUCUGGUCUUGUUUGUCAUGGGGCUUUCGAUAUCUUGGAAUAGUCCAGCCACCAACAAUCCAAUAUUUGCAGAGAUAGUACCUGAGAAAUCACGGACCAGCAUCUACGCUCUGGACAGAUCAUUCGAGUCGAUCUUAGCUUCAUUUGCUCCUCCAGUGGUGGGAAUCCUGGCUCAACAUGUCUACGGCUACAAAGUCCCCAAACGAUCAUCAUCAGCAGAGAGUACUAUCCAAAUUGAGACAGACAGGGAGAACGCUGCAUCGCUUGCUAAGGCGCUUUACUCAGCAAUCUGCAUACCUAUGGCGGUAUGCUGUCUCAUCUACUCGUUCUUGUACUGCACGUAUCCGAGAGACCGUGAUCGUGCAAAGAUGAGUGCACUGAUCGAAUCAGAGCUCCAGCAGUUGGAUGAUGACUAUGGUGAUGAUGAGCAGACCGUCAUGGAUAUCGAGUAUGGGAAAGAAGAUGAGGAGAACAACGUUGGUCUGGAUGAGAGUGACGAGAAGAGCUUACUGAGUGAUGAUCAGGUUUCGAAGUUAGAUCACAGAUGAUGAUGAAACUGUUGUAUGAAAGAAUGGAGAGUGUCUAUAUAGUAUGUAUACUGAUCUUCUGUGUAAGCAUCAUCGUAUGAACAAAAAAGAAACUAACUUUACCCUGUAAUUUUUCUUUUAGACAACGAUGACAAGGAGUUCUGCCAUUUUUGUGUCCAUAUUGUUCUCAAGUUGCCGGUUCUGCCAGACACAUGAGAGGUGAAUGAACUAGGCAGAGAGAUCCACGGCUAUCUCAUCAAGAACCUCUUCACACACUCUGCAGUCCAACAACACCACCUUUCCUUGACCACCUCCAUCCUGAACAUGUACACAAGGUGCGGAACCAUAUCAUCAGCAAGACAACUCUUUGACAGAAUGCCAACCAAAGACAUUGUGGCCUGGACAUCAAUGAUCGAUGGCUAUGGAAUCCACGGGCUAGGCCUCGAAGCUCUAAAUCUCUUCCACACGAUGCCGGAGGAACGAUCAGUCGCCCCGAAUUCCAUAACAUUCCUCAGCUUGCUAUCCAGUUACAGCCACUCUGGCUUAGUACGAGAAGGCUGCACACUGUUUGUCACCAUGAAGCACGUACAGCAUCGAACCGGGUCUAGAUCACUACACAUGCUUGGUGGAUCUCCUGUCCUUGAUUCUGAAGAUGUGAGCCCAUUGGAGCUGGAUCCGUUGGGGCCCAAACACGUUUCCGGUGGCCCGUUAUAGUUGUGCUCCAGUUUUAGUUACGGAGUGUCUUUGAUUGUUUGGUUUCCCUCGAGUAAAGUCGGUGAUUAUUG